AUGACCAAGUGCCCAACAGAAGAAGUCGCGGACAUCGAGGAGGAGGAGAUCUGGCGGAUCGACGAGCUAGACUUCGGCGUCACCUUCCACACCGUCGCCCAAAUCAUUGCCUUCGUUUUCAGCGCCAUCGCCAUCAUCAUCAGUCUCGUCCUCAUUUUCCAACAUGCGACCCACUACUCCCGUCCCCUCGAGCAAAAACAAAUCAUCCGCAUUCUCCUAAUGAUACCCAUAUAUGCCGCCGUUUCCAUGCUUUCGAUCCACUACUACCAUCACCACACCUACUUCGAGGUCAUCCGCGACUGUUACGAAGCUUUCGCCAUUUCCAGUUUCUUCGCCCUAAUGUGCCAUUACAUCGCGCCUUCUCUGCAUGAACAGAAAGAAUACUUCAGAACCAUUGAAACCAAAAACUGGGUUUGGCCAGUCACUUGGGGCCAGAAAUGCUCCGGCGGGGUAAACAACGGAUGGCUGCGCAAGCCCCGGAGUGGUUUGACCUGGUUCAAUAUCGUCUGGGUCUCCGUUUUCCAGUACUGCUUUAUCCGCGUUCUCUUCACCGUCGUCGCCGUUCUUGCCGAGAAGUACGGUGUACUGUGCGAGGACUCGCUUUCCCCGGAGUACGCCCACUUCUGGUCUAUGUUCUUCGAAUCGAUAGCAGUCACUAUCGCCAUGUACUGCUUGAUCCAGUUCUAUAUCCAAUUGAAGCAGGACCUUGCGCCGCACAGCCCUUUUCUAAAGGUGCUGUGCAUCAAGCUGGUUAUUUUCUUCUGCUUUUGGCAGAGUACCGCAAUCAGCUUCGCCACGAGUGAAGGGUGGCUCAAGGAAUCGGACUGGCUCGCGUACGCCGACAUUAAGGUUGGCCUUCCGAAUCUGCUCAUCUGCUUCGAAAUGGCCUUCUUUGCCAUCAUGCACGUUUUCGCCUUUUCCUGGAAGCCAUACGUUAUUAAGAAAGGAGAUCCGUUUGCGGAUCCGCUCGAAGACGGCAUGGGGAAGAAGGGGAAGAGGUACAAGGGCGGAUUCAUGGGCAUUUUGGCAAUUGUGGAUGCUUUCAAUCCUUGGGAUAUUAUGAAGGCGUUCGCCCGCGGUCUUCGAUGGCUCUUCGUCGGCGUCCGCACCCGGACCAACGACAUUUCCUACCAGGCACGGAUGCAAGGCGCUGGCAGCCCGAAUUCCGUGGAAAUGGCCACCCAAAGCACAACCUACGGCCGCGCUCGGGCGAAUAGCCGGUUCGACGGCAUGGACGAAUUCGACCGGAGAUCUAGUUCGGAUGUGCACUCGGAUCAAGAAAGCCCGUUCGAGCACCCGGACGAGAGGAGGGGAAGGGUGGCACAAGGGUACAUGGCGGCGAGAGACCGGGCGGAUAGUGAGACGGCAUAUUCUCGAGCAACCGAGCAAGAAGCAGCAGCGGCAAGGAUCGGAAGAGCAAGAAGCCCGACAGAGGCAGGGUACAUCAAGCCAAUAGACGACCCAGAUGACGACGCGCACUUGCUGUCGAACCAACAGCCACGGCCGGCGCGUUUCGUUUGA